AUCAUAAGAAAGAACAUAAAUGUCCAUCAACGACGCGAUAAUAUCUUAAACAUUUGAAACUAAACUCGCCUCUGAAUCAAUGGAAUUCAGAACCUUACAUAUGGACUCCAUGAAGUUAAUACUCUAAUUCUAUGCCGCAUACCCUUACCAACGUCUGCGUCCUGUGUGGUCUGUGAGUAAAUAAGUUCCAUAAAAACAGAAUUAAUAUCAAUGCUAGUAGCAACAUUGCGAGAAAAAUUUAAGCAUAGAAAUGAAUAAUUUAGAAUUACCUACAGAAAAAGAUCCAGACAUCACAUCAACUGAUGAAACAAGCAUUCUGGUUGUAAUUGUAGAUACAAACCCUGGCCAAAAAAUGUUAAGAGAAAACCCCAAUGUUUUAACUCAUGUUGUGGAUUCUGUUAUUGGGUUCGCAAAUUCACAUUUAAUGCAGAAAGCGCCAAAUAAGUUAGCUAUUAUGGCCUGCCAUUCAAAAACCAGUAAAUUUAUAUAUCCAGGAUCCACAAAACCACUUGAUAUUCGGCAAAUAGACGGGCAAUAUGAGGCAUUUACCUCAGUGGAGAAAACAACAAAACAAAAUUUAAGUAGUCUAUUAAAUACUGAGAAUUCAACAAUAGCUACAGAAUCCUUAUUGGCAGGAGCCAUGGCUAUGGCAUUGUGUUUUAUUGCCAAAACACAAAGAACAAAACCUCCAGGAGCAAAAAUCAACUGUCGAAUGUUAGUUGUAACAGGCAGUGGUGAUUCUGCCUCACAAUACAUGAAUUAUAUGAAUGUAUUUUUCACCGCCCAAAAACAAAAUACUGUCAUUGAUGUUUGUGCUCUGGAUCAACAUCUCAGCUUAUUGCAACAAGGGUGUGACAUAACGAAUGGCUUGUAUUUGAAGGUGCCGCAACUACAAGGCUUACUUCAAUAUUUAUUGUGGGUUUUCUUGCCGGAACCACCAGUUAGAGAAAAAUUGGUUCUUCCUCCUCCAGUAAAGGUGGAUUAUAGAGCAGCUUGCUUCUGCCAUAGAGAAUUGAUUGACAUUGGAUUUGUUUGUUCUGUGUGUUUAUCAAUUUUUUGCAAAUUUUGUCCUAUCUGCACCACUUGCCACACUGUUUUCAAGAUACCGGGGCCUCUCGCGGCAGUGAAACCCAAAAAGAAGAAAAUGAAAAUAUAAUUGAGUAAUUAGUUAAGGAAAGCGCUUAAUAAAAAUUGUAGAAGUUUUUUA